ACAUUUGCCUCAUCUCUGUAUGUUUGCCUGCAACUGUAUUCUGCGGCUGUGCUCUCCGCGGUCAAGGAAAAACCGGUGUGCAGCUAUCAGUGUGAGUUAUGGAGCAGAUAAAUAAUCUCGAGGUCGUUCCGUGCACCGACUCCAAUUACCUGAAACCUUUCAGGGUGCACUACAACCAGAAUGGAACAAAGAAGUACUGGGAUUUCAUGCGCACCCAUGACAGUGUGUCGGUUCUGAUCUUCAACACCACCUCCCACUGCUUCGUCCUGGUCAAGCAGUUCCGUCCAGCCGUGUACAUGUGCGAAUGGGAGCGCAGCAAGCCCAAACCGCCCGAGCCGGCCGAGGGCUCGGAAAGCUCAGAUACGCCAACAGAAGCAGCAGCAGCGGUGGCGGCAGGAGGAGACGCAGCAGUAGCAGCGGAGAGCGAGGCCAAGGCCGAGGCGGAGGCCUGUGCGGGAGGCGGCGAGGGCAUUCUGGCGGGGGGGCAGCCGCCCGCGUCCGCGGGGGUGACGUACGAGCUGUGCGCGGGGCUGGUGGACAAGCCCAACCUGUCACUGGAGGAGAUCGCACGCCAAGAAGUGCUGGAGGAGUGCGGAUACGACGUGCCCGUCAACAAGCUGAGGAGAAUCACCUCGUACAGGUCAGGGGUCGGCGUGACGGGGGCCAAGCAGACCAUGUUCUACGCCGAGGUGUCGGAGGAGAACCGGGUGGGCGAGGGCGGCGGUCAGCCCGCGGAGGGCGAGCUGAUCGAGGUGGUGAGGGUGCCGCUGCACGAGGCCAUGAGCUUCGCCUACGACGAGAAGAUCCCCAAGACCAUGGGCGUCAUCUUCAGCUUCAUCUGGUUCCAGAGCAACAUGUCCCCCAAAUACAAAAUAUCCACCAACGUGUAACAAAAAGCGAAAAAAAACAAAUAGGCUAAACCAUUUUCCUUAUUUCUUAUCUUAACCUUAACCUUAACCUUAACCUUAACCUUAACCGUCACUUCCCUUGAUUCCACCAACCACCCAUUCCCACCCCCGCCACCGCCACACAAAAUCUUUAAUCUUAAAUGCACACUGCACUGAUCUACUGUCCACUUAAUCUCUCACCCACCCACUCACAAACGUGUAAGCUUACGUUCUCUCUCUCUCUCUCUCUCUCUCUGUCUCUCUCUGUCUCUCUGUCUCUCUCUCUCUCUCUCUCUCUCUCUCUCUCUCUCUCUCUCUCUCUCUCUCUCUCUCUCCCUCUCUCUCUCUCUCUCUCUCAUAUACAUAUACACUCACUCUCUCUCAUAUACAUAUACACUCUCUCUCUCUCAUAUACACUCUCUCACUCACACACACACAGCACACGCAAGUCAUAUUCCUCUGAUAUUAAACAUACAGAUGGGUUUUGUCUGGGUAAUCAUUUGGCAACCAUGUUGUACAUUCAGGAGGCUAACCAAUGUUGAGUUUUCAAUUUCUCCCCCCCCCCCCCCCCCUUUCUUUGCCUGAGGUACUUUUGAAUGAUGACGCAAAAUACCAACUUGGAUUGGUCCGCCCCAUUGUUCCUUUUUUUGUCUAGUCUUUUUAAGCAUUAGCUAUUGUCCUUCAUCUUGCGUGUGCUGUUAAAGAAAAGACGUCAAUUUCCACAAGAAGCCAGACUUGUGAGGUGGCAAGAUCUGGUUUCAGGAAUGCAUUAAUCACUACUACGGUCUUGCCAGCUACACUUUGUGUUGCAUUGAUGAUCGUUCAAUUCAGUUUUCAGCACACUGGGGCACGCACGUCUGGUUGCUUAGACUUGCCCAAGCAUCUUUUAUUAGGCCAUCACUAAGCCUAAGAGGCCACUCUAAGCCAAGUAAACAACAAUAGGUGAAAUCAGUGGAACAUCUCAAGGAAUCCUUUUUUCUUUUCUUUUCUUUCUCUCUCUUUUUUUUUUUUUUUUUACUAUCGGGUACAUUGUAAAAGCUACAUCCAUAAAAAGGCCAGCACCAAGCCAGUCAGAAUCAAAUUGAUUGUUAAUAAUGAUAGGGCUAUUCCAGUACACUUCUCAGAGUUUCUUUUUCUUUUCUUUUUUUUUACAAGUCUGAGGUUAUGACAGAAAGUCAUGAUUUAUCACAAUUGCCAUACAUCUCUGUGGUUAUCUGCUAAGCAAAAAAAGACAAUGACAUUCCCCUCAGAUCUCGAAUAGAAGUACACCCAUGAACAAAGUGGCCAGAUUAUGAUGACGAUGAUGACUGCUUUGAUGACUUUGUUUUUUUUUCAGAUGUAUUUUGGAAGAGGGUGCUUCAUAUCAAAUGGACUUUAGUUUACAAAACCUACGAAGACUUGUUGAAAUGCAAGUUCUUGUGAAGGCUUCUAACACUUGCGUACCUCAAAUACUAUUGGAGCAUGGUUAGGGCCCAGUGGUAUAUGUGUGGAUGAUACACAUUUAGCCACACAGGGCCAACUGUAAAUGAAAAAUAUACACACGUUCUGGUGGAGAAAUGUGAGAAACCAUGGGGGAAUUUGGCCUAAUUUGUAAGUGGGAAUCAUUAGCAUGUUAAGCCUUUUUUGUUUUGCUUUUGGAAAAUUGAAAACCAAUUCUUGUUAAUGAGGCAAGCAGUGCUCAAUUGAAAACACAUGUUGAGUUGUGUCAAGCGCCCCUCUCAAAAGCAUAACCGGCCUUGUCAACUCCCCACACACUUGGCAAAUAACAAGCUAAACAUGCAGAUGUGCGGCCAUCUUGGACGACUGUGGUCAGCUCUUUCACAAUACUUCAUGAUGGGUCAUUGUUAGAAUCAGAAAUCACAUACUAGGAUCUAGCUCUGAUGAAGUUUCUUCAAGAACAGCUUAAAAUAGAUUCAAGGAGAGGAGGGGGGGUGAAGACAAAAGUUGCCACGAAAUAGUCAAAGUAAAUAUAGGCUACAAAGAAUACACACUUAAAAAUACACAAUUGGAGAGACGUUAUUCUUAGUCAGUAUUGUGUUUGGUCUGAACCUUGGCCAACUCUAUAGCCCCACAGCGAGACUGCUUGUCUGGCACAAAGAAAAGACUAACUGGGUGUACAGUAAGACUAGCAAUACUCAUAGGCCCACCAAACACAUUGAAGAAAAGAGCAGACGAGAUUAAGAUGCAAGCUUGUUUUGACACAUUGUCAGUCGAAAGCAUUCAAAUUGAACAUUUCCUCUUGUUGUCAUUUCCAGCAAAUAGAAUAUACAGUAUGUCAACAACAAAUUUAGCAGACCUAUUAACCACACACAUUUUAAAGGAGGGGAUGCAAAUUCCCACUUCUUCCCAAUAAUCCCAUGCAAUGCCAAUGCCCUUUGCUUUGGCAUCUCAGGUUUUGAUAACACUUCACUUGACGCUGUUGUCAUAUGCAUGUCAUUACAGUGUCAUAACUGUGUCAUGGCACAGUUAUGCACGUGUCAUAAACAUUAUGCCCAUGUCAUACAAGGUUGUCUUUGCCGUAACCGAAUGUCACUUAAGGCCAACAGUCAUAAAAUGUUUAUGACAUGGACUGUUUAUGACUCAUCUAUCAAUAGUGUCAUGACUCAUCUCUAUCAAUAGUGUCAUGACACUAUUAUGACACUGUAAUGGCAUGCAUAUGACACCGGCGUCAAGUAAAGUGUUACCCAGGUUUUUUUUCCGGGGUGGCAAGGUGACUCUCAGGGGUGUCUAUGCGAGAGGUUUGGCCUUGCCCCAGCAUGACCAUAGGGCACUGGUCUGGUUUCAAAUGCUCUACCAGUACAUUGUACUUUCUAUCCAUCACCCUUUCGGAUCAGUGAGAAAUCUUUUGACACACGCAAAAAGGACGACGUCUUACCAUUCACCCUGUGGAAAUUUCAGUGCUGUUUUUAUUGCUCAGAAACGUCUUUUGAAUCAUUUAAAGGACAUCGUCUUAGUAGGACUUGUACCUAUGGAUAACAAUAGCCUAUGAUACAUACAGUAUAUAAUUAUCUUAGUGUUGAUGGUGAAAGAAGACGUGCAACUUUGGGAAGGAAAACUUUGUUUUGUUUUUCAAUAAAAUAUUGACAUGUUCAGAUAAAGAGUACUGACUGUAUUCAGACACAUCAGCAAAUGAAUAAGCUUGUCCCGUAUGUGGAUAAAGUUUAACUUUGUAUAUGCACACAAUAAACAGGACCCGAAGA